AUGGUCGCCUGUGUCAGGUGGUGUGCUCCUCCUCCACCAUCUCUUCUUCUUCUUUCUCCUUCUCUCUACGGAUUUGCAUCACCAACCCCCGAUCAUCAUCAUCAUCCUUCUUCCCUCCCUCCUUCUCUCUCUCUCCCAUCAAAACUGAUUCUCAUGAAGCGUUUUACGGUGGCUGUUCUACGUGAAAGGCCACCAAACCUUGUUCAAUAUGCCGCCGAAUAUUUCAACAAAUUGCAAAACAAAACUCAGGAUUCUCCUUCAUUGUUAACGACCCAACUUAAGCCAAAUGAAUGGAGGACCGGUUUGUCGAAACAGUCUUCGGCCGCCACCGAGGGCAGCGACGAAGAUGACGAUUUGCCACCAGAAGAAGAAGUCAGAAAGAUGAGUUUUCUUAGGAGAAAAUCAGUCUGUGCUGAAUCUUAUGACCCUGAACAAGAUGAAGGAGAUGAUAAGAAAGUGGUAUACCCGAAAAGUGAUGACCAAAGGAAACGCCUCCACGAGGCAACAAAGAACAUCCUAUUGUUCAGAAGUUUGGAGCCAGAAAGAUUGCAAAAUGUAGUUGACGCUAUGUUUGAAAAACGGGUUGAACAAGGUGAAAAGGUUAUUAUUCAAGGAGAUGACGGAGAUAACUUUUAUGUAAUUGACAGUGGGCAGUAUGACGUUUAUGUUGAAGUGGAUGGUCGACACAAAAAAGUCGGAGAGUACGAUGGUCAGGGAUUUUUUGGUGAAUUAGCACUUAUGUAUAAUGUUCCUCGAGCAGCAACUGUCGUCUGCUCUUCUCCUGGAUGUGUCUGGGCCUUAGAUCGAGUUACAUUUCGGAAAAUAGUUCUUAAAGAUGCAUUCAACAGAAGGAAGAUGUACACAGAUUUAAUAGAGAGUGUCCCUUUAUUUUCAAGUCUUGAUAAUUAUGAAAAAAUGAAUGUGGCUGAUGCUUUACAAUCUCGAACUUAUGCAGAUGGAGAAGUUGUAUUGAAUCAGGGAGACGAUGCUGACUGUAUGUACUUUGUAGAAGAGGGAGAAGUUAGUAUCACAAUUAAAAAAGGAGAUGAAUCAGUUGAAGUUAAAAGAUGUACUAAAGGCAGUUACUUUGGAGAACUUGCUUUAUUGACCCACAAACCAAGAGCUGCAACUGCAACCGCGAAGGGAAAAUCUAAGUUUGCAGUCUUAGAAGUUGGAGCAUUUGAACGUCUAAUGGGUCCUUCUCAAAAGACUGGACCUGGUGUAAAAAUGACAAACACAUUGGAAAUUAAGAGAGAGAGAGAGAGAGAGACAGACAGAUAUACACACACACACUCGGUAUUUAGUUUUGGAAGUUGGCGCUUUUGA